CCCAUUUUGCUAUUUUCAGUCUACAUGGUUGUGCCAGCACAGUUCAACCACAACACAGUGCUGUUUUCUAGCACGAAUCCCAAUCAAUGUGUAUAUUGUGUUGCAGUUGUGUUAAUCUAUAUACUGUAUGCUGUAUAGGACCGCGUGCAAUGCCAGGGCUGUGGGUUCGAUUCCCACAGGGGACCAGUAAGAAAAAGUCAGCCUCGUUUUAUAGACUAGAAGAAACAUAGCAAUCGAAAAUCCGGUACACUCAAAUUAGUAUGAUAUGUUUAGUUUGGUAUGGUUAAAUAACACGGACGUUUACUUAAGCAAUAAAUGAAAGGAGGAUGGAUAGGUGGGGUAUAAAGGCAAAUGUCUAGCAAACCGAAGGUUGCGUGUUCGAAUCUCAUCACAGGCAACUACUUACUACUUUGCAAAUACAUAACAUAUUAGUUAACCUAGCUAAUCUUAGCCACCUAGUUAACUUUAGCAACUUUUGCAAUUCGUAACAUAUCAUACGAAUUUGAAUUUGUAACACAUCAUACGAAAUGGAUGACUAAUUAAUACAUACCAUACAAAUGUAACAUAUCAUACUAAUUUGAGUGUCCCGGAUUUUUGUUUACGGUGUUACGUUUACUUCCGAGUCCAGGAGGAAAAUGUACGAACAUGUGUGCACUCACUACUCUAAUUCGCUCUGGGUAGGAGUGUCUGCUAAAUGACUAAAACGUUUCUAAUGUAUACUAUCUUAUAUUAGCUUAAUCUCGAGUGUUCUUGUCUUCCUCUCCUGUUUUCUACCCCAAUGAGGUAACAUCAGCACCACAUCACAGAAAGAAUACCCUCAUCAAUGACCCCUUCAUCUCGAUAUUGUGCAUACCUAUAAUAAUUAUAAACUUUCUAGCAACACAAAUAAGAGUGAUGUGAUAUUGUGCUGUUCAGUAAUGGCAUUGGCCCUUUCAUGUUGGGCCUGAUGGCUGGAAUUGAUUGUUGUGAAUUACUGUAUAUGCUUGACAUUUUUGUAUUGGAUGUUUACGAAAUUGAAGUUAAUCCUUCCUAUUUUUCCCGGCUCAAAAGCCUACAGAAUAGAAUAUAACAUUUUAAGGUGUAGUCUACAAAAAUGUCCCAAAGAAUGAUAAAACACCAAGACUUGUUGAGAAAUGAGUAUACCAAGAAACAAAUACAAUCAUUAUGAGCCAUAGACUAGAAAGGAAAUACACUUUCGCUUAAAAUGGGGUUCUGAUUAGGACAACAGAUAGUCAGUGUUCUUUACAUAAGAUCUCUCUCUGUAUGUCACAGAUAGACACCAUCAUGUGACCGUAGAUGAUUACCUCAAAAUUAUGUUACAGAAUAGACCAAAGCGUCACAAUUGAUAUGGCAAGAUUAUUACCUCAAAAUACUGACACAAAUAAGACUCUGAGAGACCAAAACGUCACAAUUGGCAUCAAUACCAAAGAAGGAGUACAGCACAAUACCAUACUGUUGUAUUGCAUUUUAAUAAUGCGUGUGUAGUUGCUGUGUCCGUGUCAGUAUGCUUAGUUUCCUUCGAUGAGUUUGCGUCUAUUACAAGCGAAUCCGUUACGGUUCACCUACCCGUUGAAUGCCUGUUUUUAGUGUUCCAUUUAACCUUAGCGUCUCCAAUUGAAUACCAUCGUCGAGAUGGGCAGUGGUAAUGCAACCACUCGAGUGGACAUUAGAAAAUGGCCUUGCUGCGGCUCCACUGCACUAUACAAAAUCUAGGGUAUCUGAAAUGCAUGCAGAUUGAACAGUUUAGGCUAUUGCGCGUGUAACACAGCCCACGUAGCUAAUUACAUUUAUGAGCAAAUAAAACUGAAGCGUCGUGAAAUUUUACUCACUCAUCGAUCAAGGUUCGGAUCUGAAUUUCAAAUAGUUGGCCUUUUACGGUCUGGGAAGCAUGCGCUCCCCUCGCUUAUGUGCGCCACUAGCACGCACACAGAUUGCCGAAUCCUGACGCUUCUACCAGAUGCGGACAUUAGUCUUGUUCGUUUUUUCUAGACUUUUACCUUUUCCCUCACUUUACUCUCCCACUUCCUGGUUUGCCCAUUGUCCCCUGGGUGGGAUAAUUUCUUGGGAACUUUGUUUCUAUUGGCCAUUGAUAAAUCAGAUGUUAGCUCUUAGGCUCUCUCUCGCUAACAACCUAUUUAAAACCUCAAUCACAAACACUCCUGGCCAUUAUAAAGCACAGAACCUAUCCUCGCUCCUUCCAACAUCCGGAGCAUGUUUGAACGCGUUCUCUCAAACUAUCCCUGAAAGUCAAGACCCGGGCUCGGAUAGAGGGCUCCUUCAUACACCGCUGUACACAUCUGGUCCUGAGUGCAGAUUGUUCCUCGGCUCCUGCGGUGCCCGAAGGGGCCAUAUUACCUCUGUGAGUCUGCAUCCUUCGGACAGACACGGAGACGUAUCCAUCACGCUGUUAGUGCCAGCGUGGGGCGUUGUGUAGCCUAAAUAUGGGUUAUCGUCUUUUGGGGACUAUAGGACCGAGAGGUCCAAUGGACUAUGGAUAACCAGAGCCUACUCCUGUAAAACUGGUUGCAACUGGCCGUCGCGAGCGUGCCUGAGUGUCCAGUAAUCCAUAUGGAGUGCACUAUUUUCUGCUAAGUAGACGGAAUGAGCAGUAUCUUUUGUAAAGCUAAAUGUUUUUAAAAUGCUGUUGCUCUGCCUGCACCUGCACCAGCUACUUCUAUUUUAGGUACAGGUGACCUCUAAGUUACACCAACUAAUCAGCAACUCCACACCGAUUAACAUGAUUUAAAACCAAAUUCUGCUAAAAUAAUGUAGUAAUAUGUUUGUUAUUGCCAUUGCUGGUUUUGAGCCUACAGUUGUAUUACUUCUGCUGUUAUACUGAUAGGGCUUUCUUCGUAUCAUAUUUCGAACCUAAUUUUAGAUUGUCAUUAUGCGGUGCCUUAUCUUUCUAUUUUUAAAACUUGACAAGACUUAUCUGAGUUGAAAUAGAGUCCUAUAGCCUACUACAUUCGCGUCCUCACUCCGAGGACAUUGUCUAUGGGUGUGAGGAAGAUGCCGAGAGAGGCCAAGGCAUUUCACCUAGGCACCUAGUCCAUGUAAAAUACACUAACAUUCCUAAACCAAGAAAUCCUGUUUAUUCCCUCUAUUGUCAGACAUCAUUUCAAAAUAUAUAUAUUCUAUAUUCCCUUCUUCUCUUACUUUGAUUUUCAUUCAUUCUUUCUUCAUCGAAUGCGAGAAACUUCGUGUGUUUAGAUUCAUUUCGAACGAUAUUCUGCUCCUCGUUUUCCUGUUCUUAAAUUGACUUAAGUUAUCCAUAUUGGCAAAAAAUAUAUAAUGACAAUAAAAUUGAUAUUAUUGUUUCGCUGUAAUGUCUGCUAGAGCUUAGGCUUUUAAUUUGGAACCGUAGCAAAAUUUUACGCACGUACAUUGAACCAAUUUAAACAUCACACACUUAAUUCAGGCAAUUUUUGUUGAUCAAAACGUGCUUUAUUCACGUUAAGUAUUUAUGGAAUUUCAAUCGAGGGGUAAAUAAUUGUCUAAUAAUACUAUUGUACGGUAGCUUACUUUCUGUCAUCUUAAAAAAAACGAAACAGUAAUUCAUUUGAAGUGCCUAAUUUUUGAGAGCAUCUAACAAUUUUAGGAAUAACGGUUGAUCUGCAGGUUGACCAAGCUGUUCACACCAUUAGCCUGAACUAAGGAGGAUAUUCAUGCACAUAUAGAUGGUUGAUUACUAAAAUUCAAAGAUUUGUAACAUGCUUUAACGAAAUAUUCAACUAAAUGUAAGGUGCUAGACAAUUGUUUUUGAUAUUUUAGGCUAGUGUUUUAUUCCCAACUAUAAGGAUAAUGUUUAAUGUUGAAUUUCUUUCUGUACUCUGUGUCAGUGGAGAGGUUGUAUAGUCACUAUUCAGUGCGUUUCUUGUUGUAUUGUUUGCCGCAAUGGUCGUUAACCUCUGAACGACCCUGUUCUGAAGCCACGCCUCAAACACCGUCGCAGGCAGUGCGAGAUUGUGGCCGGAGGAUGGCGCGCAAGGACAAUCCAAGAGAUGCAACCCGGGCCCCGCGAGCGCCCUGCCCAGGCGCACUCCCAGGCGCGCGCCCAUAACAUCCCACCCAGAUUUCCUACUUGUGCACGAGUUUACCUCUGGAGGUCAUCAAGCAGGAUUUACGACUGGUCAACAAAAGCACGUGAUUCUCAGCCGUAACCCAUAUUUGGGUGCCUACGUAAGAGAGAAUCAAGUACACGUUCUACUCAUUUCCCUAAUUCAUCAUAAAUUGUGCAAGGGUGCUAUAGAAGAAGCAAAAGCAUCAAGAGCCACAAAUCAAGCACACACGUUACUAUUUUCUCCAAAAAUAAAAACAACAAAUACCUGCGAAACAACAGUAUUUGAAUAGUCAAUCAAUGAGCUCCUAUUUUGUAAACUCAUUCUGCGGUCGCUAUCCCAAUGGCGCCGACUUCCAGUUACAUAAUUAUGGAGACCACAGCUCAGCAAACGACCAAUACAGGGACUCAACGACCAUGCAUUCCAGCAGGCAAGGUUAUGGUUACAACGGGAUGGACCUCACUGUCGGUCGCGGUAAUGGGCACUUUGUGGCCAACGAGCGGGCACAGGGCUACUCCCCGAACCAGUCGGCGGCGGCAACAACGUCCUCUGUCGAGCCAUCCAGGUACACCCAGCCCGCGAGCGCCACUGGGACGGCGCCCCUCUCGCCUGCACCUGACCCGCUCCGGUGCUCCUCCUCUGUCACAAGCUCGUCUACGGUCAGCGAGUCUCAACCGCAACACCGAGCCAUAAAGAACUCCAUAACUAUCCCCUGCGCGACCCCGAGCUCGAGUUCGAACGGAGGCACGCUGUUGAACCAGGAGUGUGUGUCGAAAGCCUCCCCCCUCCUCGAGGAAGAUAAGCCCGCUGGAAGAGAGCAGACAACUUCCCAACAUUUCACCGACGGUGCCCAGCCUCAGAUCUACCCCUGGAUGAGGAAACUGCACAUAAAUCAUGACAGUCUCACUGGACCAGAGGGGAAGAGGGCGAGGACAGCAUACACGCGCUACCAGACCCUGGAGCUCGAGAAAGAGUUCCAUUUCAACCGGUAUCUGACCCGCAGACGGAGGAUCGAGAUAGCGCACGCGCUCUGCCUAUCAGAACGCCAGAUCAAAAUCUGGUUCCAGAACAGAAGGAUGAAGUGGAAAAAGGACAACAAACUGAAAAGCAUGAGCAUGGCAGCGGCAGGGGGUGUAGGGUACCACCGUCCCUGAUAUUUGGUUCCCCUAUGAGCUCUAAUAAAAUAAUACAACGCUUGGGAGAACUUCCAUUCAUUUUUACAUUGCGAAAGACUUUCCGAUGGCUGUUUUGGGACAGUGAACAUGCAGUUGUCCAUACUCCGGCCUUUUCAAAAAUACUUUCCUCUAUAGUUAUAUUUAUUUUGACCGUGAUAAUGCUUGUGUGAGUAAAAAAAUAAACAUUCUGUACAUUGUUUGUCUUAGAGAACAAACCAAUGGGAAAUACAUGUUUGUUAACUUAUUUCUUGUUCAAAAUAUAAUAAACUCGAAGUUACCGCAAAAAAAGUCCAUUAACUAUUCAAUAAAAGUUGUGUAGCCUAUUGCACUUGUAAAACAGUAUAGAAACUCGAAUAAUUAAUGAGUUGAUAAAAAAAUGGUGUUGCUUUUGUGUAUAGCCUUUGUUUUAUAUGUAAGUAUGUAUUUAUUUGUUCAAUGUAUUGUACCAAACUUAGAUAACUUGUUCCUUAUUGUAGACAGACGUAUAAGCCUUACGCGAUUGUUGUGCGUUGUGAACACGUGACGGGACCGCAGUUCUGCCCCAUUGCGUGUAGCUGUGCCUUUGUAUCCUUCUUUUACACGAGCUACUGUAAAUCUGUUCACCUGGCGCAGCUUCUUAGAAUGUGUGUUUCUGUCUUGUACGUUCCCCUCUAUGUUGGAUGUGAAGGGUUCCAUAGUGGAUCCCAUUGCCUACGUGUAUAGCUCCAUCGUGCUAUACGCUUUUUGUAAAUGUUUUUAAAGAAUGACUGGAAAUUGAAAAUAAUAUUAUAGUGAUGAUGCUGAUUAUAAUAAACUUUCUACUGGAACGACAGAGACUGUAAAUGAUUUGUUAGUU